GAGAUAUCGGUUUCUUAUUUCACAGUUAUAUAGUUACCUAUAUUAUUAAUUUUAUUUGCAUAUAAGCAGUUUAAUAUUGCUAGGUUUGUGAUAUUACUCAGUAUAAUAAUUAGUUAAUUAAUGCGCAAAAUGAGUAAGUUGUUUGUGUUUUUUUUUUGCUGUGCUGUGGUGGUGAACUGUAGUCCCAAAAAUGAAAAAUGUAAAGUUUUGAUUGCCAAUCCGUCUGUACCUCAAGCUGGGCUGGAUAUCUUAGAAAAAAAAUGUGAUUUGAUUAAAAUUAACAAUGAAAGCAAAGCAGAAAUUUUAUCCAAAGUGAAGGGCGUGGACGCAAUAUUUUACGCAACUUACAUACCACUGGACAAGGAAAUACUAGACCAAGCAGGUUCUCAACUGAAGACCGUAUCUCUCAUGUCGGCUGGUUAUAACCACAUUAAUAUCCCCGAGUUAAAAGAACGUGGCAUAAAAUUAUCCAACACACCUAAGGUGCUGAGCGAUGCAGUUGCUGAGGUUGCCGUCUUAUUAACUCUUGGCGCUGCCAGAAGGUCUCACGAGGGAAGGAAAAAAAUAGAAUCUGGUGAUUGGAAGUCAGACCCUCAGUGGCUGUUAGGACAGGAUAUAUCUGGUUCUACGGUUGGUAUUAUUGGUUUGGGAAGUAUUGGGCAAGCUAUACUUAAAAGACUUAAACCCUUUGGUGUCGAGCAAUUUAUAUAUACUGGACAUAAGGAAAAAACUGAGGGUAAAGAAUUGGGAGCAAAAUUCGUGGACUUUGAAACCCUAAACAAAAACAGUGACUUUAUAAUAGUAUCAGCGCCUUUAACAAAUGAAACCAGAGGCAUAAUAAAUGAUGACUUCUUCAGCAAAACCAAAAAAACUGCGGUACUUGUCAAUAUUGCACGUGGAGAAAUAGUUAAUCAAGAAGCCUUGAUUAAGGCCUUAAAAGAAGGCAAAAUAUUCUCAGCUGGUUUGGACGUGAUGACUCCAGAACCUCUACCUGUUGAUCAUGAGCUCCUAAAAUUACCCAAUCUUGUUUUGACACCACAUAUAGGUAGCGCUACAGUUAAAACAAGAAACUCUAUGUCUGUGUUAGCAGCCAAAAAUAUUUUAAAAGGCAUAGAGGGUGAAGAAUUGUUGACACCUGUAUUUUAAGUUUUAAUAAAAGUAUUAACC